AAAAACUCAGUUUAUUAAUUAAAAGUUAAGUAGGAAUAAUAAAUAAAUAAAAAAAUUAUGAAGUUCAAAAAUUUUGAUUUGUUUUCCAGCUAAUUUAAACUGAAUAUUAGCAAGGGCCAACAUAAUAAACGGUCAUGCUUCGGAGGGUUCCUUUCACUAGCAGUGAUUGUGAUUUCGAUACUAUACUUUGCAUACUUAACUUUUUAAUACAUUUCAAACCAAAUUGAGCCUAAAUACAAAACUCAAACUUUUCUUACAGAGGACUAAAUUUAAAUUGAAUUUGACAAGGAUUUUAUUGGUUUUAGCUAUUUUGUAAACAAUAACACAACGCUUCAAAUGCUGGAAUAAAAAACAAAGAAAGUAUAUUUUGUUUAUUUAAGUUAUUUACUUAUAUAAGACUCUGUUGAUUCUCAGCUUUUUGAAAUACCUAAUUUUAAAUGCACAAAUGAAAAAUUGCAAGGGUAUCGAUGCUUGGAUGUCUCAAACUUAAAACAAAAUUAUUUGUCACUAAAUGCUAAAGAAAAUUCAAAAGUAAAUUUAAUAUUAACAAUGUACAGAUGUGGUGAUUAAGAUUCUUAUAAAAAAUUUAUUCCUGAGAACUGUGCCUAAGAAGAAGAAAUCGAUUAAAUAGUUAACAACGAUAGUGGUCAUAUGCAUAUAAAAAUGUUUACUUCACAAUAUAAUACAACUUCUAAAGAAGUUUAAGUCAAUUACAAGAACGUUCUUAUUUACCUUUAAGGUGAUCAUUUUAUAUUCACAAGACUUAAAACACAGAAACAAAUUACUACUGUUUAACAAGGUCCUUUUAUUUAAUAUAAAAACUCAUUCACUUCUGCAAUUGACUACAUAUAAGAAGAAAGAGCGCUAAACAGAGAAACUUUCAUUAAGAAAACAGGACAAAAAUUAAUGCUCUAACUUACUGUCGAUGUCUUAGAGUCAAUAGUUCACAUUAAAAUUUAAUACCCAACUUUCUUAGAAGUUUUGGCUAUAUUUUACAGCGCCUUGAGUGUUCUACUUGGAAUCGGAGCAAUAGCAAGAUAUUAUUCAAAAAAAGUUAUAAUUUAAGAUGUUUCUUUGAUUUUGCUUUAAAGCUUAUACUAAAAGACUUACCUUGAACUCCUUCGUUCUAAGAAUUUAGUCAAUAGGCCAAAGAUAGAAGAAGAGUCAAUUGUUCUAGAAGAAGAUAUAUUAGAAAAUUAAAUUCAAGCAUUUCCUGUCUCAAGAGUCAAAAGUUUAUAGAAUCCGAAUGUUUAGCAGUAAAGCGCAGGUGAAAGUAACGCAUAAAUUCACUAAAUUAAUACAGAAAGAUCAAGCAAAGUCAUGUUUUAAAUUGGUCCAACUUAGACAAAAGUAAUUAAAAAAGCCAAAAAGUACUAGAAAAGCUAGUCUUUGUAUGUAGCCUGCAAUCCUGCUAAAUAAAAAAACAAAAUAAAAUAGAUUUAAGUCAAUUUUAUAAAAGAAAAUAAAGAUAGAGCUGCCUUGAAAAAAGAUGAAAUAAUUCAAAAUUCUGAUUUUAUUUAAGAAUCACCUAAAUUUUACUCACAAAAAAGUAUUUUGAGCAAUAGAAACAGCUAAAUUAAUUUUUUUAAUUAAAAUUAAUAAGAUAGUAAGGAUAAAAAGUAACAAAAUUGUGAUUAAAAUAACUUAUUUAAUCAAAAGAAUUAAAUUUAUUCCCUUAUGUAGCAAACAUCAAAUAAAACAUUUAAUGAAAAUUAAAAACAAGAUAUAAAAUUAGACUAAGCUAUUAGCACUAAAAAGUUAGAUUAAGCAACUAGCAUUCACAAAUUAGAUUUUCCAAAUAAAAAACAGUUUUAUUCUUAAACAGAUUCCAAAUUUAAUUUAAAAUCAACCAGUGCAAAAGACUUGUCAAUUGAUGAAAAAACAAGCUAAAAAGAUAUAGUGGCAUGCGAAGAAGUUACUAAUUUCAGCCAUUUACAGAGUGAAACCUUGUCAAAAAGAUUAAAAAAAAUAAUAUUUUCUUUCAAAUUGUGUUUACGAAGAUAGCAGCUAAAUCCUAUUUAAAGUGAAUAAGGAAAAUAUAAAAAGUUAUAAAGAGAAUUGCUGAACCAAAUAGAUUAAUAAGUAAAUUUGGUAGCAAUUUACAAAGAUUUAAUUUUCUUAAAAAAAUCUAUUAUGAUGAUUCUCAGCACAGAUCAAUUAGCUGCAAUUUAACUUACAGGAACUUAAUUAAAUUUAGAAAGUGAUACCUUGAAUAAUCCUCCUGCUUAAAAUGAAGGGAAAAGUCAUUUAGAGAAAUAGCUUACUAUACAAGACUGUAAAAAGCAUCAAUAAAUAUAAUUUAAAUGUUUUCUUGAUAGAAUAAAACUAAAUGAAAACAUAACAGAAACUGAUAAGCGUAUUUUAUCUUCUUUGUCAGUAUGA